AUGGAAAGCUUAGGUUCACCAUUUGAAAUUGGAUUAUGUCCUACACAAUAUCAAAUGAAAUUCUUACCUAAUAAAGAAGUUGAAAGUAAUGAAGAUGUUACACCAUUACAUGUUUCAGUCUUAUAUAAUAAAGUAGAAUUUAUAGAAAGUUUAAUUGUUGAUUAUCAAAUUAAUGUUAAUUAUCAAGAUGAUUUUGGAAAUACUGCACUUAUGAUUGCUGCACAAACAGGAAAUGUAGAAGCAGCAAAAGAAUUAAUUAAACAUAAUGCAUCGAAAUCAUUAGUUAAUAAAUAUGGACAAACAGCAAUUCUUGUAGCAUUAAGAUCAGGAAAAGCAGAAGUAGCAAAAGUAAUAAUUAAGUCAUUAACAAAUCCAUUCCAAAAUUUAAGUUCAACUGAUAAUUCAGGAUAUACAGUACUUCAUUAUGCAGGAUAUUGUAAUGAUGAAGAAAUAUUAAAUAUUAUUGAUGAAUUAUGUUAUGUUGAUGAUAUGAUAGAAAAUACAGUUAAUCCAAGUUGUAGUACACCACUUCAUUUUGCAGCAAUGAAUGGGUCAGAUAAAACUGUUGCAUGGUUAUUAAAGAAAGGAGCAUCACCAAUGGUAGAGAAUUGUAUGGGACAAAGUCCACUUCUUCUUGGGAUUAGAAAUAAACAUAAAGAAAGUGUAGAAAUAUUAUUAGAAGUAUCAACAGGAAAUAUUCCAGAUAAUUAUGGACAAUUAGCACUUCAUUAUGCAGCUGCUGUUGGAUGUGAUAUAGAAUUAAUACAAAAAAUAUAUAAUAAAUUUCCAAAAGCAUUAAGUAAAAUGGAUACAAAUGGAAAUUUUCCAUUUCAUCAUAGUGUUAAAUCAAAUGAUAAAAAAAUCUUAGACUUUUUCUUUGUUACAGGAGGAAAAAGUUUAUUAGUUAAAAAGAAUUCCAAUGGAUUAACACCAUUAAUGAUAGCUGUUGCAUGUGGAGCAAUUGAAUCGUUUAAAUAUUUAAGAGAUAUGGGAAGUGAUUUAUAUGUUAAAUCCAUGUCAGGAACAACACCAUUUUUAUUAGCAUGUGGAUAUGGACAAAAGAAAAUGGCAGAAGUAUUAUUUAAAGAUGAUCCAUCAGUAAUUGGAGAUUGUGAUAAUAGUGGAAAUACAGCAGUUCAUUAUGCAGUUCAAAAUAAUCAAAUUGAAAUAUUAAAAUGGAUAAGAGGAAUUGCACCUGAAAUCAUUAAAAAGGCAAAUAGUAUUGGAGAAACACCAUUACAUAUAGCAUGUCUUUGUGGAUAUAAAAAUAUAGUAGAAAAUUUAGAAGUAUUUGGACUUAGUAUGACAGAAGUAACAAAAAGUGGAAGAACCGCAUUUCAUUAUGCGGUAUUAGGUGGACAUUUAUCAUUAGUCAGACAAAUAGGAAGAAGUUGUAAAACAGGAUUAUUUGUUGGAGACAAAAAUAAAUUAACACCACUUCAUUAUUGUUGUGUUUAUGGAAUGGUUCAUCUUAUUGAUGAUAUUAUUGCAGCAGCACCAGAAACAUUAAAUGCAAGAGAUGGAUGUGGAAGAACACCAUUACAUGUUGCUGUAGUAAUGAAUGAUGCAGUUUCAGUCAAAAAAUUAAUAGAACAUGGAUGUGAUAAAACACAAAUAGAUAUUAGAAAGUUAAGUGCACAACAAUCAGCAAUUAAUAGAGGAUAUAUUCAUUGUUAUGAAUUAAUUUCAGGAGAAACUAAAUUUACGGCAAUUAAAAAAGUAAGAAUGGUUAGUGAUUUUAUGCCAGAAGAAGAAGAAUUAUUAAGACUAAAAAGUAAUGAAAUAGUUGAAGUAUAUUGGGAACAUAAAAAAGGAUGGGCUGUUGGUGGAAUUAAUGGUAGAUAUGGAAUGUUCCCACUUGCUAAAGGAACAAUCAUUCCAUUAAGUAAAGAAGAACAAGAUAAAAUUAAUAAUGUAAUGGCAAAUAAAAAGAUGGUAAAAAAAGGAGUUGAUAGAAAGAAUAGGUCGGCAUCAGUUGCAUUUAAAGAAACAAAUGAACAAAAGAAAAUUAGUCAAAAAUCAACUGAUAUUAAUCCAGCUGCAUUAUUAGCUUUACAACAACAACCAACAAAGCCUGUUAGAAAACCAAGAAAAACUAGAGGUGGUGUAGUUGCACAAGAUGUUUAA